AAUUGCCUGUAUAGAAUCAUCAGUUUCUCGCUUCAAGUGUGAUCAGAACAACUAUUGAUUAAUACCGCGAUAAAUCAUUCGAAAAUGCCGCCAAAGUCCAGUGCAAAAGCCGUAAAAAAGUCCGGUAAAGCUCAGAAGAGCAUCGCCAAGGGAGAUAAGAAAAAGAGACGACAACGCAGAAAGGAAAGCUACGCCAUUUACAUCUACAAGGUGCUCAAGCAGGUCCAUCCGGACACCGGAGUGUCAUCGAAGGCCAUGAGCAUUAUGAACAGCUUUGUAAACGACAUCUUCGAAAGAAUUGCUGCUGAAGCUUCUCGUUUAUCGCAGUACAACAAACGGUCGACCAUCACCUCCCGCGAAAUUCAAACCGCUGUCCGUUUGCUGCUGCCGGGAGAAUUGGCCAAGCACGCUGUUUCCGAGGGUACUAAGGCCGUCACCAAGUAUACCAGCUCCAAGUAGAAGCGUUAAUAUGACACGAAACAAAACGGCCCUUUUAAGG